AUGGCGGACGAAGCAGCAUCCACACCCGCACGAGGACGCGGUCGACCACCAAAGGCCGGCGGCUCAACAACGCCCAAAACUCCAGCAUUGAACGCUGACGGGCAGCCCAGGAAGCGAGGCCGUCCGCCGAAGAAUGGAGGGCCAGUGACGCCUAAGCCGGUCGUGCUGGAUGCGAACGGACAGCCCAGGAAGAGAGGCCGGCCUCCAAAGAACGGCAUAGCAGCACAGUCGAAGUCCAAGACCGAAGCUUCUGCGGACGGAGUGAAGAAGAGAGGGAGACCUCGCAAGGAGGCGGCGGACGGUGAUGGGACAGCAGAAGCGAGCCCGGCUGCUCGGGGGCGGCCGAAGAAGGACGCCGAUGCGAAGAGCAAUGGUGCAAAGGGGACGUCGGGGAGAGGGAGAGGACGGCCGCCAGCCAACCCGCUGCAGAAGUUCAUGGGCUCAUUUGCCCUGGAGUGUCUGGCUGUCAGUGACGAGUGGCCGGAUAAGAUUGAGGCCAUGGACAUGUCGGUUUCUACCUCGGACUUGGAUCCCUGCGGCCUGGUCGCGUCGUUCAACCUGGGCAUAGUAGAGGGUACCAUGCUACUUGCACCGACGGAGGACGAACUGAGUGCUUUCCAGAGCAAAGUCGAAGGCCGUACUGGUUCCGAGUCUGAUGAAGACGCAGAGUGUGAUGAACCACCUGCGAAGAAAGUCAAGAGUGCCAGUGACGAGGAUUCUCUGCGACUCUACUUCAAAUGGCGUGGCCGGGAUACCAGUGGCAGCGAGGUACAUGAUUAUAGCAGGGAUGUCGGCACCGUAGAAUUCCUCGACAGCAAGACAAUACAGUUCAAGGGAGUAGGGAGCUUCCCUGCCCUGGGGUCACAGUGCGAGUUCACGGGAACCAGAUACGACAAGGAACCCACCACUGUUCCUCUGCCCUGGAGCACCUUCUCAGCUGACGCUGCACAACAAGCCAACGAGGAUAGAUGGUAG